GGUAUGUGGGGAAAGGCAAUGAGAUAAGAGUAAGAGGCUCCACUUGUUUUCUCUCUCUAUAGUUUCUCUGUAAUGAAGUUUUUUGUACAGGUGGGCGAUCUCUGCACUCUGAACUAUAUCUUUUUCCCCUAAAUAUUUUUUCUUUUUUCUUCAUUUUCCGAUUCUGUUCUCUUCUGGGUCCCCUUCAGCAACUGCGGGAGGAGGAGGAAUAAGAAGAAGAAGAAGAUCGUCCAAUUUGCAGAAAUUUCAGACAUAGCUGUUCUGUUCUAUAAACCUAAGAGGAGUUAGACAGACAGAGAGAGAGGUUGGAUUAGAUUAGAUUAGAUUAGAUCUGCAGUUGUGUUUUGAUCAAGAACAGGGGUCCGGCCAUCUGGGUUUUGUUUUGUUUUGUUUUUUUUGUAUGAAAUAUGGAGAAAAGCUGUCAAUCUUCUCUGACGGGAGAUUCCUCCGCCGCUAAUAAUGGCGGCAGUACGGCCUCCACAGGCAGGGACCAAUAUCUCAGGCACCUCAACAAGCUUUCCCACAAAAUUUCCAAGCCUAGUUUUGUUAAGAAGCCCGGGUUUGAUUCUUCUCUUCACUCCAAUCCUAAUUUUAAUCAAAAUCAGAGUCUUCCUCAACCGCCGCCACCGCCGCCGGAAUUGGCGGUGCAGGCUCAAACCCAGCAGCCACCGCAGCACCAUCAGCCACCGGUUUACAAUAUCAACAAGAAUGAUUUUCGAGACGUGGUUCAGAAGCUCACUGGCUCACCGGCGCACGAGCGGUUUUCGAAUCCGCCGCCGAUUCAUCCACCAAAGCCCCAGAGCUCUCGCCUGCAGCGAAUCCGACCACCUCCACUUGCAAACGUGAGUAAUCGUCCUCCUCCGAUGCUAAAUAGCGCUGUUCCUAUGCCGCAGCCGCAACAACAACCACCGCCUGGUCUGAACCCUAGAAAUUCCAUUUCAUCUGCUAAUAAUUUCGGACGGCCUGUUGCGCCGCUUUCGCCUCUGCCUCCGCUACCAGCCGUCCACGCGCCGGCUGAAUCACCCGUUUCGGCUUAUAUGAGAUAUCUUCACACCUCAUUUUCAACUCUCGAUUCUAAUCAGAAGCAAUUCUCCGGAUUCUCACCUCUAGCUCCUCUUGUUUCACCUCGUUGGAACAAUUUAACCUCACAGCAACAGCUUCCACCGCCAGCCAUGGCGCAAGGAACCAUACCUCCGCCACCUUCAUCGGGUGUAAUGACUUCAGACGCUCAACUGCCGAUGCCCUCUUCCCCUCUUCCAUUCGGAUGUAUGAAUUCACCAAGAUCAGCAUACCCUUUGCUUUCGCCGAGCUUGCUGUUUUCGCCGUCGGCCGGUCCGUUGGGAUAUCCACAGUUUCCAUUGUCACCCACUGUUCCAGUGCCCAGCCCCAGAUGGAGAGGUCUGUGAGUUUUCAUAAUCAUAUGGUAAGUUGAUACAAAUUCGUUAAUCUUUGUAGUUUCUCACAGCUCUCAGGUUCUUUUUUUUAAGAUUAUUUUGUAUACAUGUUGAAAUGAAGGGUUAAAUUGGAUCAUCAGUCUGUGAAAUGGGAAUGAAUUUUCACUACUGAUUCAGAAACUGAAGUUUGUUCUGUAAAUCUCUUGGAAGAUCUUUUCUUUUUUGUUUUCUUUGGUUCUUUCUGUUUAGAGGGUUGGGUUACAUUACAGUAUUCAAGUGCCAUAGAUUACAUUUCUUAGGGUAUCUGUUUCUUUCUUGUUAUUACUUGUAAGAAACACUUUUUUGAGCUCAAGCUUUGUUUAUCUGCCUCACAAGGCCUUGUUCAUUCCCUUAUAACAAGUUUUUGAAUUAGUUCCUUAAAUUGUAUGAUUUGAUUAGACAAAAACAUUGGUUCUUGUGAUUUGGUGGCUGUUUGUUCUUAUUAGAAGCUCAAUGCCUGAUCAAUUCUGAGACGGAAUCAUGGUAUUUUAAGCAUAGUUUCAAACAAUGUUCUGCAGUUCUGGUGUUAACUUUUGUGGGGAGGGGGGGUGUAAAAAGCUUGUCACGUGCUUUCACGUGCUGGACUUGGUUGCAGGAGAACAAUAGGAUUUCAAAAUCCAGCAGCUUGUCUUGGUGUUGUGAAUUCUGUCCUAUGGUUUGAUACUUGCUUUCUGACCUCUUUGCUUGUAUAAAGAACUGUUCAUGGGUUUUUGGAGAAAUGUAUACGUAUAUACAUACAUAUAUACAUAUGUCAUUUAUUAUUUAGUUAUAAA